ACCUGUUUUUUUUGUUAUUGUUGUUUUUGUUUAAUUUUUUUUUUUAAUCUUAUCAUUGAGCAACUGGACAUAAUUGCUACUCAAUAUAAUUACCCAGGAUUGCAUAAUGUUCCCAAUGCAACCAAAUCUGUAUAGCCGAAUCCUAAAGCCGUUGGUAAAUUGUGCAAUAAUGCAACGCAAUAAUCACAUAGAAACGAAAGUAAAACUUAACGACGGCGUCACCAUCAAUUAUGUCCAAACGGGCAAAGGUGACAAAAACGUAUUGCUAAUGCCUGGUGCACUUGGAACUGCCUGGACAGAUUUCAAACCACAAAUUGAAAAACUACCUGAGCUGCUACCAAAUCAUACAAUAAUUGCAUGGGAUCCACCCGGUUACGGAAAGUCGGUACCGCCAGAACGACACUUCGAUCUCGACUUUUUCCAAAAAGAUGCACGUUGUGCUGUAGACCUGAUGCGGGCUUUAGGAAGACCCAAAUUUUCUAUACUAGGAUGGAGUGAUGGAGGCAUAACUGGCAUCAUUGUGGCGGGUCGUUUUGUUGAAUGUAUCGAAAAAUUAGUUAUAUGGGGUGCCGGUGCUUAUUUGAAUGCUGAAGAGGAAAAAGCAAUGCGAGACAUACGAGAUGUUCAGAAAUGGUCACAACGGAAUCGUGAAACAAUGGAGAAAGUAUACGGUGUGGAGGGAUUUCCAAAAUUGUGGUCUGCGUGGGUUGAUGCUGUUGUUGCAAUUUAUAAGGAGCGUAAAGGAGACUUUUGUUGCACAGAAGUGACCCAAAUAAAAGCCCCCACUUUUAUAUUGCAUGGCAAGAAGGAUCCAAUGAUUGCCGCCGAGCACAUACCAUAUCUAAAGGAACUUAUAAAAGAUUGCAAAUAUUAUGAAUUCCCCGAAGGCAAACAUAAUAUUCAUCUCCGUUAUGCAGACGAGUUCAAUAAAUUGGUAGCGCAUUUCUUAACGCAGAAGCCCUAACAUCGUACUGAAAGCAAAAGAAUUGUAUAUAUGUAUAUUUAUACCCGCUGACAUUUAUCUCGCAGUCUACAUAUCCGAUUGUGGUAUUGUUUUAU